GUUUAGGAACACAUGAAUACAUAUGUGGGCUAUAAAAUUGUUUGUCUGUAAAAGAGAUCUAUUGGUAUAGAUAAAUUAUAAAAAAUUCAAAUGCAUUAUUUUCGAACGGUUCGGUCCGGUAUUUUUUUAUUCUCAAAAUCUAGGACUGGUCUCGUACCCGUUUCAAACAGUUCGAUUUCGGUACGGGACACAAAUCUACAGAAGCCUUUAAAUACCCAGUAUUCGGUUCGGUACAAUUACGAGACGGUUUGGUACCGGUUCGGUUCGGGUUUUAUGUCCACCACUACAUUUACAUUUACAAACCGCCCAAUGAUAUUUUUUCAUAUAAAGCUACGGUAACAGCGCCGCAGACGCUGCGCCGCCGCCACUUCGACGCUGCCGAAGCCACUUCGACGCAGCCGCCAUACCACAAACAGCAUGUUGUCCCCUGCCCCACGCCCCUGUCCCCGAUUCACAUAUCCCUAGUCCGCCGCCGCCUGACUCUAACCAACAAAUCCGAGCCGCCGGAUCAGAUCUAGAAUUAGCAGUCUCCAACCGAGCCGCCGAAGGAAACAGUAGCUUAGCCAGAGUCCUCCUCAUCUGUACAAUACCGUGCUUGGAUUCUGAUAUCCCUUCGCUCUCAGUCGCGGGAAUCGUCGCCAUCCAUGGGGUCUGACAGAAAGAGAGAAGAAAGAGAAAGUGGCUGGGUAGCGGCGCGGGACGAAGUUGACGGUGCGGCGCGCGACGAAGACGGCGGGCAUCAGCGUGAAGCGGAGAAGGUUGCAGGGAGAAGUCGAGAACCAUGGCCGCAGGUAUGAGUACGUAAGAAAUUGAGGAAGAGCUAUGUCAUCGGUACAAAGAUGAAAGGGAACGUUACUCAUAAUUAGAAAAUUUUCCAAUUUUGGUCGCUCGAGUAUUAUACCACUUCCCUAUUACGUACCUGACCUGUCCACAUUUAGUCCCGACGUUUUCUUCCUUUACCAUCCGUCGUCCUUCCGACCAAAACUUCGGCCGGUUGAAUCAUUUAUUAAAAAAGGGAAGGUUAGUCUAGUAAUUUCAUAGGCUGGUCUUCACUUCUUCCUCGCCAACUCCAUCUGUAUCGUAACCACCCCUUCUUUAAUACCCCUUACAUUAUCCAUCAUUUAAACCUAAAUCUCCAACGACAACCUCUGUAAGCUCCCUGUUCACUCCAACGACAACUCCAUCUAUAGUCCGUCGUUUUCCUCCUUCGUAGGCACUCCUCCCUGUUCACUCCAACGACAACCUCUGUAAGAUCGAAGGCCACCAUGUAUAGCAGCAGUUCAACUACCUCGAAAUCAACAGGCCGGUAUGAAUAUGGAGAGUGGAUUCCGGUCAAACAUUGUCAAUGUGGGAAAGAAUUGAAGCUUUUGACUACAUGGAAACCAGAAAACUGUGGGAGAAGAUUUUGGAAAUGCGUUGGAAAUGAGUGGUCUAAAGGGUGUGGUUUGAUGGACUGGUUUGACCCUCCAAUGUGUAAAAGAUCCAAGAAAAUCAUUCCAGGGUUGUUAAGAAAACUGAAUGGAUAUGAAAACCACAUUCACACAUUGGAGAUGAAGCUGGAAGCAGCUGAGAAACCAGAAAACGAAAAAGAUAAGAUGGAGAAGAUAGAGCACAAAAGAUACUCUUGCAGCAGACUAGGCGUGUGCAUUAUAACAUUUUUGUGGUUUUUGCAUCCAUGUAUGCACAAUUUUACCCACACUGCCAUUACUCACAAAGGACCAGAUUUCAGAGUCACCUUUCAGUUCAUUUAGUGAAGAAUUUGAAUAGCAAAAGACUCUUCUUAACUUCUUUGUGCAACCAACUUCUUCUAGUUUCUCUUUCAACACAAUUAAGCCAAACUCAUCCACAUCUACAUCAGAAAACAAAUGUGUAGUACCUCCCUGUAAAAUGGUCUGCUAGUCUCACUCACUCUUCCUCCGUACUUCAACUUUAGAGUAAACGUGGUAUCACAUGGGGCUGCAUAAAAAACAUUUAAUGUGGUAGUUCAAUCAUUGUAAGUAAAGGAAAAAGGAAAAAGAAUUGGUCCCAUUUGUCAAAUCCCAAAAAGUAAAGAGAAAAAAGAUUCUCAACAACAAAACCCUACCCUACCGAGCACAAAAUCAUACCCUACCGAGCACCAUUUGUACAUCAAUUCAACAAACUUACCAUUACCAGCAACAUUUGAUGAAGAACUUUGAUGACAACUUCUUCCUUCUCCAUUCGAUCUGCGCCCCAUUCUGAUUGCAAAAACUCCAGUCGGAAGCGUCCUCAUUCACCGGUAUGGUUUUAGGGUUCGCAGAGUAAUCGCCCUCAUUCAGCCGGAAGUUUCAUAGAGUAAGCGCAGGUAUGCAGAGAAUGGACUUCUAGC